AUCGGAUCACCUUAUCGCGUUGUCCCGCAAAAAAAUCUCGUGAACUUUUUGUUGCUUUUGGUUUGUCAAUUUUGGCGACGCUUAAAAGCUGCCUUUUAAUAAGCUGCAGCAUUUGCUUUCAAAAUGGCCCCCAUAGCAAUCAAUGAACUUUUAUUUCUUAGGAUCUUAGUGCAAACAAACGCAAAAGGGAUGUAGACGAGCACGGCAAAAGGAAACGACCGAAGCGAGACUCACAGAACGCCAUAGCGGGUAAAGGAAAAGGCUCAGCAAUACUGUCCAAAGAAACCGGCAAUAUGACAAGCACAAUCUUGAAGUCUGAAGGCUUUGUUGUCAAAUUAGAGAAGAGGCGGCACCGGACAGAAGAAGAGAAACAUGGAGAUCACUUGUCGACCUGGAAGGUUUCAAAGCCAAUGGGCGGCCGAAUUAUGGAUGUGGACCCUAUAUUGACGGAAGAUGAGAAGCACUUGAUACUUGCAUACAACACCUCCAUCCAGGUAUACUCGACAGCGGAUUCUCUUCUAAUACGCAAGAUCCAGCUGGAAGAGCUCGAUGUGGAGAAUAUACCGGGACAGAUCAUGUCUAUUUGCAUAUCUCCAAGCUCGCCGAAUCUUAUAUGGGUUGCUUCGUCUGAUGGUCAUGUCUGGUUGAUUGAUUGGACGAACGGCCAAGGUUCCGAGACCUUAUUCAAGCUACAAUGUAGCUUUCUAUCUGAUAUGUCUGUCGAACAUAUCAAGUUUGGCACGGAGUUCAGGGAUGUGCCGUUAGUUGCUAUCGAACAUAAGAAGAAAUGGCGGAUCGUCGCCUGUGAUGUGCGCCGAUCCAAGUUCAAAAGCUCCAACUCGCUCUUAACGCAGGCCAUGCCUAUUUCAAAUCUGCGUUCUGUUCGAAACGGAUACGCUUUAAUAGCAUCAGCAGAUCGUAACAUUCUCCUUGGUACACUUAAGACCUCAUCAAUCCAGCACGUCAGCGAGCUCGAAUACGAGUUCUUCACCCUUGACUGUAGCGACGAGAUUGUAUGCUUAGACGUACGAGCAACGGACCGUGUACAUCUCAAUCGAAAGACGCAAGUGGAAGCUGGUAAUGAACCCGUAGUAGAAAUCGUCGUAGGCUGUGCUCGUGGAGCUGUGUUCUUCUACAACGAUAUCUUACCUCAAAUCCGUCGGUUACAUAGCUCCAAGGGGCACAGAGGCUCCCUUCAACCCCGCAAGUAUCACUGGCAUCGCAAGGCUGUUCAUACAAUCAAAUGGUCACGAGAUGGUCAUUAUAUCAUUUCCGGAGGGUCCGAAUCGACACUGGUAUUAUGGCAGCUAGACACGCAGAAGAUGGAUUUCCUACCCCAUCUCUCUGCAACAAUCGAGAAUAUCGUCGUUUCGAAGCGUGGCUCUGCAUACGUUCUCCAUUUAGAUGAUAAUUCGGUCAUCGUUUUAUCGACAGCAGAAAUGAAGCCGACAACAUACAUAUCUGGAAUUCAGACACCCAUUUCCCCACAGCCGCUUUCCAAGGAUGACCUAGUCAGAAGAAUAGGCCAGUAUACUCCCGACCGAUUAUUAAAGACGCCGGCAGCAGUCAGUCCAGUGGAUUCCUCGCGGAUUCAUUUUUGUGUGGGGAACGGGCAACGAUUAAGCCACUCUGGGAGCGGCCCCUCUACUCCUUUGAUACAAACAGUAGAUCUCACUACCUUGCAAGGUAUCUCAAAGCAAGCCCUGACAAGAACAAACCCGACAGAUGUGAAUACGACAGCUAAAGGAUAUGCCAUAACGGAACCUCGGGUCACCGGCAUGGCAUAUUCAGCAGAUGGGAAGUGGCUUGCCACUACUGACGAGUGGCAGCCGCCUUCGCGGGAUAUCAACUCUCUAGAAGGAUCCCCUGCCGAAAGGCGUGAGGUCUACCUCAAGUUCUGGGCCGCCUCUUCGGAAGACCAGAGUCUGGAGCUCGUGUCUCGUAUCAAUGCACCUCAUUACACAGGUCGAAGCGAACCUAUUUACGGCCUGGCCGCGGAUCCGCAUGCGCAUCGUUUCGCUACUAUCGGUGAAGAUGGAGUUGUUAGGUUGUGGGAACCAACAAUCAGGCAACGCGACGGAGUACUAGUCAAGGGCAAACUAGGACGCCAGCUACAUAGCUGGGGGUGUUCCCGAACUAUAUAUCUUCAGGAAAACGAGGAACCGGUCGAUCCAGAUGCAAUAGCUACCAGCAGUUCCAUACGAGGCUCGGGUGCAAUUUCUUUCUCCGAAGAUGGGUCUACCAUAGUCUGUGCUAUUGGAACCGUCCACGGCUCGGCGAUCCACGUCAUCGAUACAGAGUCUGGCAAGAUUCGGAAUUCGAUUGAUGGAUUAAUAAUCGGGGAAAUCCGCGAUGUCAAGAUCCUGUCUUCAUCCUUAAUUGUACUCUCAGAUCGUCUUAUAGUGUAUGAUUUGGUCUCCGACGAGCUACUGUACGGCGUUCAACUGAGGACAAACGAAGAUUCAUUCAGCCCAAGCGCAGCUAUCUUGACGCAUAUGGCAGUUGACCAGAAGACUUCGACAUUUGCGGUGGCUGUUUCACGGGGCAAGCCAGGUUCGCCCUUCCUCGCUUCCGAGCUGGCAGUGUUCUCUCCAGACCGAAGCGAGCCGGAGAUAAUUCACAGGUUCCCAUACCCUAUCACGUCAGUCGUUGCCUCGGUUGGGUCUAGUGGCUACCUUGUUCUAGACUCUGCCGCCCAGUUAUGGUCAGUCAGAAGCGAAGGCAUGGAUACCAAAUCCCUUGCCUUUGCCCAGCCACUAGUUGAUCUCAAACUUGACCAAGUGAACACCGAGGAGCCUCGUGAAGAUAGGCCUUCUUUGGCAUUACUUUCUGGACAAGAUGAUGAGCCAGCAAGCGGGGACGAAAUGGAUGUCGAUAUGCCGGAUGCCACGGCCGACGGGGACGGGGACGGUGACGAGGCUUAUUCGGCUGUUAUUCCACCACAAAAACUCUCAGAACUAUUCGAUACUGCGCCGGCGUUCGCGAUGCCACCGAUCGAGGACAUGUUUUACCAGGUUACAAAGCUAUUCUCGUCGAACUCGGCUGUUUCAGCAUCAUGAGUGUUGUCCGUCGAAAACUAAGAUAGCAAUUUAGAGACACACGCGACUUAUAGUAUCGAUACUAUUGGUUCUUCCAUCAGUACUUUGUGGACAGGGCUCAAUAUCUAAGGAGAUAGUUGCAGAUACCAUUGUUCUAGGAGCUUGUUAAGCACCGCCUCCAAUUAUUUGGAGAGGGAGAGGGAAGGGUUCAGAAGCCAAAGUUGAAGCUUGAGGGGUUAAGGACACCUAUGAGGUACUUGGAGGCUUUACCGUUUUUGAGUUUCGUACCAAGAUAGCCUUAGACGUCUCAUACCAGUGAGUCUUUAGCUACUCGCUAAGACUCCUUGGACCUGGGAGUUGAUCGAGCUGAGUUAGAUGCGCUUUAGCGCAUCUCGUGUGUGCAUUUAUUAGUGAAGACUUGUUUUCACCCCUGUCACAUAUGACAGGUCACAGAGGAUACUAAAAACCAAGUAAAUACCAAAGUUACCUCCUACUUUAAUUGCAAUAUAUAAUACUCUUUGUUGCCACAUUA